AUGACCAAUGUUUUUUCAGUAACCAUUUUAAUCGAUUAUUUGAAACUAGUUUACUGUGCAGAAGGAGUCACUUAUGAUUUAAUCAAAGCAGAGUACGAUUUAAGUGAAGCAGAGCAGCUAAAUCCCACAGAACAAACAGAUGGAAACUUUCUGGUUUUCUCAGACAUAAAAUACGACAAUAGUGAAAUAUCAGCAGUGAUAACAAAAAUAAAUACAGAAACACGCAAAAUUGAGAAAGAAGACAUCAUCACAGAAGAACAGGUAAACGCAUUUCCAAAUAAACUGAUUACAAUUGUAACAGAUGAGUAUGCAGAAGAAAAUGAAACUGAAGGCAUCUCAAGGGUAUUUAAUAGUGCUGAAUUGGAUGAGAUAACUUAUGAUGAAGCAAUUGAUCAAAUCAAUGAAUUGGUGGAAAGAAAAUCACAUGAAGAGAAUGAUAUGCCACUAUAUGUUCUAAAAGAAGUGAAGAAUACGAUAGUUGAACUUGGAAAGGAAUGCAAGUUUACACCAGAGAAGAAAAAGGAGAAGUUGGAAGCCAAUUGUGAGAAACUACCUGUUUUUAUUCAGGUUAAAGACAUAGAUUUUACUGAAAAUGCUAUAUAUCACGUGUAUAUUACAUUUAUAGUAGAUGGAAUUGAGAAGAAAACAGAAAUAAUAAAAGUGGCAAGAGACAAAAAUAGUGGACUGAAGAUAUUUGAUCUAAGAGAAUACGGAAAGAAGAAAACUACAAAAAAGGUAUCUAAGAAAGAGGACUCUAAGACACCAAAGUUACUUAAUCAAGAAAAGAAACAGAAAUCUACAUCACUCAAAUUACUGAUAUGUGGAUCAGUGAUUUUAGCAGUGAUAAUAUUUGUAGUGGUGCUAUUUAUUACAUUAACAUCAAAGGAGAACAAGUACAGCCAACUUGAUGAAUCGGCAUGGAACCUGUAG